AUGCGUUUACUGCGCAUGUUAGGCUUUGUCCUUCGCACGCCAUCCCGCCAUAUUUGUACUUCCUCAACUGUUUCUUUAAAUCAAAAGAUUAAUGGCUACAUACGUAACGGAAAUUUAAAUGAGGCGCGUAAAUUGUUCAACCAAAAUCCCAACUCAAGAAACGUUAUCUCGUGGAACUCAAUGAUCAACGGGUACAUCAAAAUCUGCCAAAUCCAACAAGCCCAGAAGCUAUUCGACGAAAUGCCCCAAAGAGACGUUGUCUCCUGGAACACUAUGCUUUCAGGAUUUCGAGAUAGUCAAAAACCGCAAAAGGCACACCAGCAUUUCCUAGAAAUGAUGAGAAAAGGGCCGAGACCUAAAGAGCUCACCUUUGCUGUACUUAUUAGUGCUUUCUUGAAUACGAAGUUUGAUGUCUUAAUCCAACAACUUCACUGUCUUGUUAUAUGCUCAGGGCUUAAUCUGAAUGUGUUUCUUGGGUCUGCUUUAAUGAGGGGUUAUAUUGCUUUGGGUGAUUGUGAGGGUUUCUGUAGAGUAUUUGAUGAGAUUUUAGAGAAAGAUGUGGCUCCCUGGAAUGUGUUACUUUUGGGUUAUAUGGAAUUUGGGUUGAUAAAUGAAGCUCAGAGGGCUUUUGACGCGAUGCCUGAGAAAAACGCAUAUUCUUGGAGCACUUUGAUUAAUGGAUAUGCUAAAAAUAAAAAAGUUAAUGAAGCUCGAGAAGCUUUUAAUAAGCUGAGCAAAAAGGACGUCGUUUCAUGGACUGCGAUGAUAAAAGGGUAUGUGCAGGGUGAAAAGUUUGUAGAGGCUUUGGAGCUGUUUCUCUUGAUGAUGAACUCAGGGACUCGACCUAACCAUUAUACCUUUUCAAGUGUAUUAGAUGCUUGCGCUGGUUGCUCUUCUCUUGUCAUGGGUAAUGAAGUUCAUACAUGUAUCUUAAAGUUUGGAUGUCCGCUUGAUGUGAUUCUAGCAACCUCCCUUGUCGACAUGUAUGCAAAAUGUGGGGACAUAGACGCAUCAUGUCAGAUAUUCGAGUCAAUGUUGACAAAGAAUUUGGUGUCAUGGAAUUCAAUUAUAGGAGGUUAUGCAAAACAUGGCCUCGCCACAAGAGCAUCAGAGGAGUUUGAGAGAAUGGUUAAGAGUGGUGUCAGGCCAGAUGAAAUUUCAUUCAUCAAUCUUUUGUCAGCCUUCGUGCAUGGAGGAAUGGUUCAAGAAGGUGAAAAGAUAUUUAACUCCAUGAGCACAAAGUACGGAAUACAAGCAGAGAUGGAGCAUUAUGCUAGUAUGGUGGAUUUAUAUGGAAGAGCAGGGCUGCUAGAGAAAGCUGGAAAAUUGAUCGAGAGUAUGCCUUUUGAACCCGAUGUGGUUGUCUGGGGUGCAUUGCUUGGAGCCUGUGGUUUACAUUCCUCUCUGGAUCUUGCUGAGGCUGCAGCAAAUGGAAUAUCCAAACUGCAACAAGAUCAUCCUGCUGUGUGUUCAAUGUUGUCCAAGAUAUAUGGUGAAAAUGCAGUUUGGGGUAGAGUGAAUGAGCUAAAGAAGUUAAUGAGGAAAGGGCAUGUGAGAAAGCAGAAUGCUGGAAGUUGGAUUGAAUCUCGGCAUGUUUUCAUCUGA